AUGUCAGGAACAGGAACAAGCGGUUACGGAAAAGAGAACCAGUCUCCACAAACUCCUACUAGGAGUUCCAAUUCAUCAUCACCCAAACGGGCAUUGAAACCAGUUUCUCCAAAUAAACCAAACUCGGUUGGGAAGCUUAGUUUUUUACAAAGUGAUAAUAUAGAUGAACAUUUCAAUUGUAUCCACACCACCCACAAUGACAUUAUACAACAAUUGGGUACUUUGGAAACCACCACGGCUCAAACGAAGGUUGAUUUAGGUCAAUUGGUGGAUAGGCUGAAGAAUAACAACCACCACCUUAACAAGUUACUAGAGAACAUUGCUGCGUACUCGGAUGAAGUUGUAACCGAAGGAAACGCCACCAAAAACGAUAUAACCAAUAUAAUGACCAGGCUCGACGAUUUCAAUAAAAGUUUAACCAAUCUAACUUCCAAAGAGGGGUUGGAUACAAAAUUGUUGACUUUGGCAGAAGAAAUUAAAGAUUCCCUUGAUAACAUUAAGAAUGAUGAACUAGAAGAGUUGUUAGAUAAGAAAUUAUCCAAGAUUCAAGUAUCUUCUUCCGAUGAUAUAAUAAACCGAACAACUGCAGAACUACAGAAGAUAGGUAUAGAUCAAGAGAAGUUGGAUAAGUAUCUCUUCUCAAAAGACACUGUUAAACUCAUAAUAGACCCUAUACUAAAGAAAAUGUCCGAUUCCAAAUCGAUAACCGACCCGAUUAUAGAUAAGAUUCAAAACACGUCAUUGAAACCAGACCAAAUAACAAAACCUAUUUUGAGCAAGUUGUCCGACUUGAGUGAAAGUACGUCACAAGAUAGAAUAAUUGCUCUCUUAAACCUUGUGGAACAGCAAUCCGAUAAAAUCUCCCAGUUAUCAAAAAGCGUCAAGCAAAAUGGUGAAAAUAUGGAGUUAGAACUCAAGUUUGAAUCUUUGCAGCAAAAAUAUAAUAGUCUCGAAUCAAAGUAUGAAUCUCUUUGUAAAAAUUACGAGAAUAAAUAUAAUGAUUUGAAAAAUCUUCAAAACCAGUAUCAAUCACUCUCAGAAAACUCAAAUGCUUUAACCAAGAAACUUUCUUCGGUGGCUAAUACAGACUCCGAAUCGUUGGAGAACCCGCUAUCUAAAUUGAGUAAAGUCAAACAGCUUCAUCAUUAUAAAAUGGAUAAUAUUCCUUAUUUACCUCAAUCAGAAUCUCAAAUUACAAGCCCUAGAAAAAGGGUCAUGAGCAGUCCGGUUUCUAAACAACAAAAUAGCAAAAACUCUUUUGUUAAUGAUUUAACUGAAAUCCGCUCAAAUAACUCAGAUGAUGAAUUGUUCUAG